ACCGACAUUCUUAUUUUUGGAUUCUCCGCCGUAAGACAAUGUUUUUGUCGCCGUCGAGGAAUUUUCUUUUUCCGGCGUUGGAGAGUUGCAUCUUCUCAUUCUUUCCUUCGCCGUGGGUCUUUGUGGGUCUGGGUUUGCGAUUGAAGAGGUUCUCGGUUUGCGAUUCAAGUGGGUUAAUCGUCGAGUAUCUUUGUCUUCUCUGCCAGCUUAAUCGCCUCUGCGUUUGCAUCGCCGGCCACUACUGUUCUUCUUCCAGCCAAAACUUCUUAAUUGGAAUGGCGUCAUCCUCCGAAGUCUCCAAAUAUCCUCCUCCACUAUAUGUAGAUGGAAAAUCGCCUUUGCAGAGUAGGAGCAUGAACCACAACUGUUUUCUAUCAAAAAUAGGACCCUUGAAAGAAGGAUUAGGGUCGGAUGUGUGGGAAUCUUUGGAGAAAUCAUCCCUUGGAGUUUUUUUAAAGCUUACUGAAUUGUCGUACACAUGGUGCGCAAAGAAUGUUCAUUACUUGCUCACGCAUCAGCUGAGAGUCAACAACUUCCAUGAGGUUUGGUCGUUGAUUGAUGAUAGGCCCAUCAGAUUUUAUUUGAAUGAAUUUGCACAUAUAACAGGCUUGAAUUGUGAUCCAUUUGACGUGUCAGACCACUUCGAAGCUGAUCAUCAUGAGUUCUGGGCAAAAAUGAAAUUAGAAAAAAACACUGAAGGUCCAAAGUUUAAUGAGCUGCUAAAGGUGGUUGAUUUUUGCAAGACAUGGUCUCCUGAGGAGAGAACCAUGGUUGGUAGGUUAUGUUUACUAUCUGUUUGUGUACAUGGUCUUCAUAGUGGAUCUAGCAUCCCCUUGGCAUCCGCUAAAAGAGUGUUGGAUCCGGUGGCUUUUGAGAAAUAUCCAUGGGGUAGAGUGGCGUUUACUAGUUUAGUAAAUUCUCUCAAGACUGUUGCCUUUGACAAAUCAUCAUACACGAUACAACGAUGUGUUCAUGCGUUAUUGAUUUGGUUGUACGAGAGUGUUCCAGGCGUAGGAGAAGCUUGUGGUUUGAGAAGGUUAGAAUCGGCUGGUGUUCCACUACUUAACUGGCAAUCUUCUAGGAAACAUAUCAAUUUUAAAGAAUUCAUUGAAAAAGAGAAGAAAGAGCAUGGACAGGUCCGUGUUAGGCAUAUGCUUCCAGUUUCAGAGGAUGAUCUGUAUCCUACAUGGUGCGACGCGGAUGACAACAAGGAUCCAGACCUUGAAAACUUGAUUGAAGAUAUUUUUCACAAUCGUCUAAGAGACAAUGCUUGGGAAGGAUUCAAAACAGUGAAUGUGAGGAAGAAUAAACGAAAAGUAGAAGCUGGUAAAGAUGGUGAGAUCAGAAGUAGUCAAAAGGAAAAGAAGUUGAAAGAGGCUCACUCUUAUGAUGAUGAACAAGCAGAAGUUCCAGACAUGAAGGAGAAGUUAUGCAAAGAACAUAUCCAGGAUGUACGUUCUGAUCAGAAAACCUUGUUGGAUAUUUGGAAGCUGUUGGAAAAACUGAAUGGUAGUAUUACAGAGUUGGACAAGAAUCUGAGCAAUAGGAUGACCUGUUUGGAGACUAAAUUCGAAUCUUUUUUGAAAGAAAGUAAAGAGGCAAAAACCUGUGCUCAACCAAAGGAGGCCACUUCUGACAAUAAAGGAGAUGAUGAGGUCCAUAGUAAAGCACUUUCUUGGAUUGUUGAGAUGAAGGAAACUACGAAUGAUGAAUUUCCUGUCCCACGAGUUGUGAGAAAAGUGUACACGGUGAAAAACAAGAAGGAAAGGAGAGAAGACGAUCAAUCAGAGGAUCUUUCUUUAUGUGAGAUGAAAGAUGCGACUAAGGGAAAAGAGAAGAGUAGUUUGGCUAAAGUAGCAGUGAAAUCAGCAAUCAAGGUUGAAAAGAUGAAGAGUGUGGAUGUUUUAGAUGGUUCCAAGGAAGAGAAGCAGAAGAAGGUUCCGAAAGUUGGUAAAAAAAAAAGAAAGUGAAUGUCGACAUGGAUGAGGUUGAAGAUGUAACUGAGAAAGUCAUAGCAGCAAAUCAGAAAAUGGUUUCUAGUUUUGAAGAGGCUUGGUCAGACCCUAUACAACAGAAGGCUAGUAAAGUGGUAGAUACUGCAUUAUCACUACUUCAGGAUAAGUUACAGGAAUUAGAUGGGGUGACUCAUGGUAAACGAGUGCCAUAGUUGGCAGGAUCGCAGAAGUUUCCUUUCAUUGGAAGCUCUACAGUGAAGCGCAUAAUUACUGAUGACGACCAUAUCAAACCUAUGGAAGAUGUGAAAGCCAAGCGACUUAUGGAGUUCCUUGAUCUGAUGAGGAUGAACGAUUUACAACGGACAGUUACUCUGUGAGAUUCUAUUGGCAGAUUAUAACUCCAAGAGUUGAGUGGCCAAGCUAUAACUAUGGAUGGUUGAAAAGCUAUCACAUGGUUCCUGCAAUGGCUAUGUUUCGAAAACAGUUGAUGCGUGAUCCAUGUUCGUACCCUAGGCAACGCAUAACCUUCUUGGAUCAAUAUUUUAUCGCGAAGCUAGAAAAAGAUUACAAUUAGUUUGCACAUGAACCUAUGAACUUCUUGUUCAGGAAAACCUAUCAAGAGCAUUUCAACGGAACAGCUCCCACUGAUUCUCCGACAAACAAGAAGUGGUUCACUGAGGUAGAUCACUUAUAUGCUUGUCUUUUUGUCAAUGAUGAUCAUUGGGUGGCUUUGCAUAUUGACUUGCCGAGUAGGAGGAUUAAUGUUUAUGAUAGCAUCCCCGGAUUGGUGAAAGAUUCAGACAUGGUUAAAUAUUGCAUGCCUUUUAGGCAAAUGAUUCCUGCAAUGUUAAGUGCUUUUGUUCCUGAGGAUAUCCGAAAGAAGAGUUUUGCGAUGUUAGAUGUGAGAAGAGUGAAAAGAAAUGUUCCACUGAAUGAAGAUCCAGGAGACUGUGGAGUGUAUGCACUGAAGUAUAUAGAAUGUUUAGCUCUUGGGAAAACAUUUGAAGGCCUAAGCGAUAGAAACAUACCAUCCCUUCGGACAAAGCUAGCUGCAGAGAUUUAUGAAGAAGUGGGAGAGUUAGUCGUACCAAAAGAACCAGAUCCUUACUUUCAUGCUGGGGACAUAGAAGUCCCUCACCUUAUGGAUGAGGGAGAGUAGAUUGUAAUGUACUAGUCUUUUUCAUCUUAUGUACUAGUCUUUUUCAUCUUAUGUACUAUUCUUUUUCAUCCUAAUGAACUAGUUUUUUGCUGUGGAUUUAUGUUUGAUUA